ACAAAACCAUAUUGUUCUUGGAUUUAUUGUGUAACUUCCAUUUUCUCCAAGUGAGCAACAACAAAAGAAUCGGAUUGGCUUUCUCUUUAAUCGGCGGCGACUGCGUUUAGUGCACUUGCGGCAACGUACGCACAAUCUUGAGCCCAGACCGAAGUGAAGACCCAUCAAUGCUGCUCCAAGUGCUGUGUCCUGUGCUGGCCAUCGUCCUGAUGGCGAUGCAGCUGGAGGUCGGAGGCCUGGCCAUCACCAAUGGCCAUUGCCAGAAGAACAUCAGUGUCAAGUACCAGGUGCCGGUGGCCAAGACCCGCAAGGCGGCUCCUUUAAACUCCAGCCACCCAGUCGACUUGGAUAGCUACGUGGUGUUCGAGGAGCGGGUGCGUUGGGACAACAUCCAGGUGUGCUGUCCUGGAUAUCGGACCAUCCUGUUCGGUUUCUGUGAGCCAGUCUGCCAGGAGGCAUGUCCCGCCCACAGCUACUGUGCGGAACCGGACCGCUGCCACUGCCAGCGGGGCUACGAGCCAUCGCACCACCACACCACCCACCGACCCACUGGCCACCAGCUCGUCUGCCGGCCGGUCUGCCAGGGCGGCUGUCCGGAGCACAGCCACUGUGUGGCCCACAACGAGUGCGAGUGCUGGCCGGGAUUCAAGGACGCGAGCAGCUGGUUCAGCCUGAGCCUGCGCUGCGAGCGGGUGCAGUGCGGCCAUGAGCAGCGAUUCGAUCCGGGGCGAAGGGCCUGCGUCCAGAUCGAGAUGAGCAUGGAGGAGCUAAUGCAGCGCGUCGCCGAGCGACUGGCCAAGGGACUGGAAACGGAAGUGGAUACCACCACCGAACCGGAGUCCCUUGAGCCAUAG